GUUAUAUAAAAUCAGACUUUCUCCCGGAACUCACCUUGACCACUUUUUUCCUCCUUUAAAAACCCUGUUCCUCCCAUUCCUCCAUUGUGACAACAGCCAAAAGCAACUCCACACUUUUUUGUUUUUGCAACAACACACACACUUGCGCACCACACACCAUACUGUACACUCUGCAUACAUAAAUAAUAAUAAAAAAAGAAAACGAAACUAGUUUUUGUCGUCAUGCACGGAUCAGGCUUUGCAAUCAACUUGGAAACAGACCAUGUCAUUCUUCAUGGCUCAGAAGACGAAUCAGUCGGCGUCAUUCUACGUGGAUCCGUUGUGCUUGACUGCCACGAGCACACAAAGAUCAAGUCUGUUGUGUUAAAGUUCCAGGGAAAGUCCAAGGUCAAUUGGACUGAAGGACAUGGAUCACAUCAGCGUCAUUACAAGGAGGAGAAGGUCAUCAUUGAACACGCGUGGAGCUUCAUGCCUCACAAGCGCAAGGCAUACCAUCUUGGUGAAGGCCUCUAUAAAUGGGAUUUCGAGCUUCCUCUACCCGGCGAUCUUCCUAGCACAAUCCAACACGACCUCGGCCAAGUCUACUACCGUCUAAAGGCUGUAGCCGAGCGCCCUGCAUUUUCAAUGAACUACACUGCCAAGCGCAACGUGCUUGUGAGUCGACUGAUGCUGCCGUCGUCGCUGGAACUCAACCAGUCUGUCGUGAUUUCGAAUGAAUGGAUAGACAAACUGUCGUACAACAUCAGCGUGCCUCGCAAAGUGUUUAGCUGCGGCACCCCAAUCCCUAUCUCGUUUGAUCUUGUUCCGAUUGCAAGCGAACUGACAGUCCGGUCGAUUUCGUGCUCUCUCAAAGAAUACAUCACUCUGUCGACGCACGAGCACAGCAAGAGCGAAGGCCGCGUCGUCCAUCACACACACGAUGAUCACUUUUCACCCGCCUUGGAUCGUUGGACAACCACCGAAGUCUUGACGGUGCCCUCGGAACGCGAUAUCCAGUCGGAUCUGUACAACGAUCUGAUUAAAAUCAAACACAAGCUCAAGUUUACAGUAUCUCUGAUGAACGCCGAUGGCCAUAUUUCCGAGUUACGAGCUGCCAUUCCUAUCAUUAUUGCCUCCCUUGCACCCGAAGAAGAUGCCAAUGAAUUGCCUGCAUAUGAAGAUGCAUGGAAAUCCAUGCCGUAUGAUCCCGUCCUUGUUGCCAGCCUAAUAGCAUCCGGUGAUUUACCUGCAUCGAUAGCCCGCGCGUUGCCCAUCGGUGCCGCAGCCAACAUGGACGCAAACAGCACAGGCAGUAGCACAACGACGAGCAGCAGUGCUAGCAGUAUCGACGAGGAUGUGGUCAGAGGAGGAGGAGGAGGAGGCCCCGUUGAGCCUCUGCCGUGGCAAGGAUUUGACCUAUCAAGGGUGCCUUCGUAUUCGACAGCCAUCCGCAGUGCUCGUCUGUACAGCUUCUCAGGCUCACUGCCGCCGUAUGAAUCACUGGUGCUCCCCAGUGCCACUGCAUCCUAAUUACACAUUCUCUCUUUAUUUUUUUUAUUGCCUUUUUCCAUAUCACGUGCAUUUUUCCCCCUUUCCCCUAUUUUUGUACAUAGCCCUCGUUAUUUAUCAUAUCUUUAUAUUGCAUUCCGCCGCUGCCCGUCUCCACCCCCCCACCCACC